ACAGACCACACUGAAUCAGAACCAAACAGGAACCAAGUCAUCUUCCAGGAAGCUGCUGAAGCUGAGAACCAAAAUCAAGAAAGACGAAAACCUUUCUCAAGUGUCAUCUGUGAAAAGCGUUUGGCUUUCAAAUCUGUUUUUGAUGCUCUUAUGAGAACUCAUACGGGUGAAAAGCCGUUUUCAUGUGUGAAGUGUGGAAAGAGUUUUAUUCAAAAACAUGAUUUAACUCGUCAUGUGAUGAUUCAUACUGGUGAAAAGCCGUUUUCAUGUGUGAAUUGUGGAGAAUGUUUUCGUCAAAAACAGUAUUUAACUAAGCAUAUGAUGAUUCACACGGGUGAAAAGCCGUUUUCAUGUGUGACCUGUGGAAAAAGUUUUAGUCAAAAACAUGAUUUUACUCAGCACAUGAAUAUUCACACAGGUGAAAAGCCGUUUUCAUGUGUGACCUGUGGAAAAAGUUUUAUUCGAAAACAGGAUUUAACUCAGCACAUGAUGAUUCACACUGGUGAAAAGCCGUUUUCAUGUGGAAAUUGUGGAAAAAGCUUUUGUCAAAAACAAAAUUUAAUUCGGCACAUUAGGGGUCACACUGGUGAAAAGCCGUUUUCAUGUGUGACCUGUGGAAAAAGUUUUAUUCGAAAACAGGAUUUAACUCAGCACAUGAUGAUUCACUCUGGUGAAAAGCCGUUUUCAUGUGUGACCUGUGGAAAAAUUUUUAGGCAUAAAUCGGCUUUAACUCAGCACAUGAUGAUUCACACAGGUGAAAAG